UUGAUUUUCUAGAACGCAAAUAGUCUGGGAAAUUUAAGUUUGUUAAAAAAAUUAUUUUAUGUAAUCCAAAGGUACAUGUUUUGCCACUAUGAGGGAAAUCUACAGGGCAUCUGAGUAAAAAGUCAGCCGUUUAAUGUGACACUAUAUUUGUUUGAAAAUUUGAUUCCCUCUUUAUAAAGUAUGGAGAGAAUUGUAGCACUGGUUGACAUGGAUUGUUUCUAUGUACAAGUAGAACAAAGAUUGGACCCCAGCUUAAAGGGAAAACCAUGUGCAGUUGUUCAGUAUAAUCCAUGGAAAGGCGGAGGAAUUAUAGCUGUAAGUUACGAAGCACGAGAUUUUGGUGUCACAAGACAAAUGAGGGGAGAUGAUGCGAAAGCAAAGUGUCCAAGUAUCAACCUUGUUAGAGUGCCUCUAGUUCGGGGAAAGGCUGAUCUUACAAGGUAUCGUGAAGGCGGGGCCGAGGUUAUAGAAGUGUUAUCAAGGUUCAGUAAUUGUGUAGAAAGAGCGAGUGUAGACGAGGCCUACAUUGAUCUCACCGAGGAGGGAAAACGACUGUCAUCUCUCAGUCAAGAUAGAGUCUCCCUAGAUAAACUCCCUAAUACACAUGUUGUAGGUCACAAUAAAGAGAAAGAUUUGUCAGACUGGCUAAGUGCAACAUUUGACGAAGAUACGAUGGAUUGUUAUAAUAAGCGUCUGGCUGUGGGUGCGGUUAUAGCUGAGGAAAUGAGAGCGGCAGUGUACAGUGAUACUGGAUUCAGGUGUUCAGCUGGUAUUGCUCAUAACAAGAUGUUAUCUAAAUUAGCUUGUGGUUUUCACAAACCAAAUAAACAGACAAUAUUACCUCACAGUGAAGUUCCUAAUCUGUUUGUCACACUACCAGUUAGGAAAAUACGUAAUCUAGGUGGAAAGAUGGGGCAGUUAGUUAUGGAACAUCUUCAGGCUGAGAACAUGGGAGACUUGCUAAAAUUCUCUGAGAAAGCAUUACAACAGUUACUUGGAGACAAAAAUGGGUCAUGGUUAUAUGAGGUAUGCCGAGGGUUCGACCAUGACCCUGUGGCUGCCAGGCAGUUACCUAAAAGUAUUGGUUGCAGCAAAAACUUUACAGGAAAGAAUUGUUUAAACACAAGGGAGAAGGUUAAAUUUUGGCUGACUGAGUUAGCUAAAGAAGUCCAUGAAAGAUUGGAAAAAGACAAAGUAAAUAAUAAGAGGACAGCGAAAUCUCUGACAUUGUCAGUGCGAUACGAGAGUCAUCCACGUCCAGUGUCAGCAUCAAGGGUGUGUGCUCUAAUCAAGUAUGAUGCUGCAAAGUUUGCCAGUGAUGCUUUUACUCAUGCACAACAGUUCAACACGAGUCCCCCACAUCAAGCAUCAUGGUGUCCUCCUAUCAUUUGUUUGGGACUGUCUGCUGGAAAAUUUCAAGAUGAUUCAUCUUCAAGUGUGAGUAUAAGUGACAUGUUUAACAGAAAAGACCAGUCAAUGUCACUCACACAGUCUGAGAAAUAUGGGAACCAGUCAACUUGUACUUUCACAGAAGAUAACCAGUCUUCUGAUAGUGAAAAUAGUGUAGUAAUAAAAAGUAAAAACCAGCCUGCUGAUGAUGAGUCACCUGUUAAACAGGAAAAACCAGGUUCAAUUAUGUCAUUUUUCUCCCAGCAAGUAAAUGAUAAAAUUAAAAAAGAUCGUGAUGAGUCUCCAAAAUCAAACGAUACAAAAAAAAGUGGUGAAAACAAAGGACAAAAUAGUAAAUCUAGUGACAACAGUCUGAAGUCUUUCUUUAAAAGAAAACAAUUAGAAAACGUUGGAAAUACACAAGAUAAGUCUAAAACAAUUGACAAUAGUAUACCAACACCUAGUACAUCCAAAGAUAUGCCUAGUAAAUCAUUCUUUGGACAGAAAAUGGAAAAUUUAAAUGGCUCCAUAAAGACUGGUUGUGAUAUUUGCGUUAAUUCAAAAGAUUUAACACCAAAGCUUACUGUGAAAUCAACAGAUACUGAAAUAGAGGUACUCGGUGAUUCUGAUGAUGAAAUUGGGAAUCCCAGAAUGGAAGGAGGUAAAGAAUCAGAUAGUGAUCAUAAUGGUCCGAAAACAAAUCUAGCUAAAACAAAUGAUGUUGUUAAUGAGUCUGACUAUUCAAUUGAAGAUUACAUGCAAUGUGAAAAAUGUGAUAAGAUGAUAAUUGUCUGGGAAAUGCCUGAACAUAUGGACUUCCAUUUUGCAAUGGAUUUACAGAAAGAUAUGAACACUGAAAGUAGGAAUAGUGCAGCGAAUCAGGUCAAGAGAAAAAGUACGGGAACUCCGGGAAAUGAAAGGAACAGUAAAAAAGUGAAACUUGGUGGGUCACAGGGAAAGCUUGACAUAUUUUUUACAAAACAUACCUAAAGAGGAAUAACAAAGGAUUUUAAAAAUCAUUUUUUCUAAUUCUUAAGUUAUUUAUUUAUUGUUUGCGAUAAAUGGUUUUCCUUUAUAUUAGAAAGUGUUUACAUAUGAUCUGUAUGUGUUUCCUCCUAAUUAGGAAAAGCUUUCGAUUAGUAUAUUUAAAUGAUGGCUUUGUUUUAAAUAGUCUCUACCUCAAUAUUAUAUAA